AUUGUGUCAAGUACAACUAAGUAAGUUAAAUUCUUCUCUGGCUGGGUGAAAGAAUAAUGUCACUGUGUGAAGGUUGAACAUACAUAGUAAGAUUUUAAGUUAAAAGUUUAUUAGUAAGCACCCUAUCAAAAAUUCUUAAACGAUGAAUGUUAUAAAGGGAAGCAUUUUAAAAAGUAAGUUGCCCAAUGUUUUGUUUGCCUACUCUAGAAGAGGGAUCGCUGCAUGGAACAAAGAUUUCAUGCCAGGGCCAUACCCGAAGACUCCUGAGGAAAAAGCUGCAGCAGCCAAGAAAUAUGGACUUCUUCCUGAGGAAUAUUAUGCAGACCCUGAAGGUAAAGGAGACUACCCUGUUUUGCCAAAUAUUUCUGGUGCAACAAAGUCCGAUGUUUACAACUGGGACCAUCCACAUUUGAAGAAGGAUUUUAAUGAGACUAUGCACCUAGAUGCCAAUAUUAUCUCUGAAGAUCGACUCGAUUGUAACCUUGAUGAGAAGUCACAAAUUCCAAAUAGAGUACAAUUUGCAAUGUAUAUUGGUAUCCUGCUAUUUUUCUUUGUCCCAAUUUAUCUGUGUGACAAGUACGACAUUAAAGUGCAUCUACCACAUGCAAAAAGGCAAUUCCCAUCUGAUGGACCACACUACAAGUACCCUUCAAACCACUAAGACUCAGACAAGUAAUCAAUGAUGUAAUGUAAUGAAAUGUGUUAUAGCUAAUUAGCAAUAAAAUCUCAUGUCACAUGAAA